ACACCUAACUUGUCGGGGUAUUGUAUGACGAAAAGUGCCCUGGAUAUGUUUACAAAGUGUGCGGCUGUCGAGUUAGGGCCUAAAGGCAUUCGAGUUAAUACAGUGAGCCCGGGCGCUGUGCGGACAACAGCGCGCGCAACACGUGGUGAAGCGCCCGAAGACACCGAUAGGUUUUAUCAGAGAGUGAGCGAUAGAUAUCCAGUGGGCAGACAUGGAGUACCCGAUGACAUGGCUAAUGCUAUCAUGUAUUUGGCGAGUGACCAUGCACAGUUUAUCACCGGUACUAUACUGGUGGCCGAUGGCGGUCAUUUAGCCGGCAACGUUGAUUUGAAAUGA